AUGGGCGGUGUUAUGUCUUGCAUCCGGUCAUGCCUCCAGACCAUUGGGGACGUCAUUAUGGCAAUUGUGGGGGGCAUCGGUAGAAUUUUGACGGCAAUCGUAAACGGCGUGGUUUCCUUCAUCGGAAUUCUGGUCCGAUUCUUGACCUGCGGAUAUUGCGGUUCGAAGGGAGGCCGAGCGAAGCGCCGGGGAGGUUCUCAUAUGAGGACGACGAGAGUCUAG